CCCAGUCUGCGCUGCGUCCCAGGUGUUCCGUGUCGGCUCGGAGGUGUGGGCGUGGCACAUAGUACAUGUGAAUGAACGUAUGGCCCGCCGUGUUGCAGUGAUCGGUGCUGGCAGUUCCGGGCUGACCUGCAUCAAGUGCUGCCUCGAGGAGGGACUGGAGCCAGUGUGCUUUGAGAGCAGCGAUGACAUCGGAGGCUUGUGGAGGUUCAAGGAGAUUCCAGAACCGGAGCGCUCCAGCACAUACCGAUCACUUGUGACCAACACCUCCAAAGAGAUGAUGUGUUUCAGCGACUUGCCCAUGCCGGCCCACUUCCCUAAUUUCAUGCACAACUCCCAGCUACUGCAGUACCUCCAGCUCUACGCUGCUCAUUUUAACCUUCUGCAGCACAUUCACUUCCAGACCACAGUCCUCAGUGUGAAACAGAGUCCUGACUUUGCCUGCUCUGGGCAGUGGGAAGUGCUCACUGAGGACAGAGAUGGGCUCAAAAAGAUCCAUAUUUUCGAUGCUGUCCUGGUGUGUACAGGUCACUACACAAAGCCUGUCAUGCCACUGAAGGACUUUCCAGGCUUUGAGACCUUCAAGGGGGAGUACUGUCACAGCAGCGAAUACAAAGAUCCAGAGCCUUACAAGGGAAAGAAAGUUGUGGUUGUAGGGAUUGGGAACUCUGGUGCAGACAUUGCCGUUGAGCUCAGCAGAGUUGCAAAGAAGACCUUCGUCAGUACUCGGCAGGGGGCUUGGGUCAUAAGGCGCACUUCCCACAAGGGGUGCCCUUUUGACAUAACUGCGUUCACUCGUCUUCUAGAUCUACAGGGCUUAUUACUUCCCAGGCGUCUCAUCAACUGGGUCAGCGAGAGGGAGCUAAAUCAGAAAUAUGAUCACCGGUUAUACGGCCUCAUGCCUAAACACAGGUUGUUCGACCAGAUACCUGUAAUCAAUGAUGACCUUCCUGCCUGCAUCCUUCUUGGGGUUGUGGUCAUGAAGCCACAUAUUCAGGAGUUUCAAGGCUCUACUGUGGCCUUUGUGAAUGGGACCAAAGAGGAACAAAUUGAUGCCGUAGUCUUCUGCACAGGCUACAACUGCAGCUUUCCGUUCCUCACCGCUUCUGUCUUUACUGGCCCUGGUCAUAAUUUGAACCUGUACAAGCAUAUCUUCCCACCUUCACUUGAGCACCCCACACUAGCCAUAAUAGGCCUGAUCGAACCCUGGGGCCCCAUCAUGCCUAUGGCGGAGAUGCAAGCUCGCUGGGCCACACAAGUAAUUACAGGUAACUUUUCUUUUUCCUUUCUGUGUUUCUUUUAAUCAGGUGGAGAAUAAAAUGAGGUAUAAAAUAUCACCUACUGAUAAAACAGAGGUGUGACUCAUUCAUUUUAUACAUAUAUAUAUUAAUAGUAGAAGGAUGCUGGAAUCCCUCCAACACAAGUCAACUAAUCCAGAUUGGAAUAAAAUGGUGAGAGCCUAUUUAUCCAGUUUAUCGUGUUUGUUUAAAAAUUCCUGUCAUGUAGUAUGGUUGGUGGUAGAGAAAAUAAGUUUGAUAAGGGGAAAAUGUUGAGCUACAAAGGCAUGUCUGUGUUGCCACCCUCAUUGUCAUGCCUUCCAUCUCGGCAAUGAGGAACACCUGUGGCUGAUCAGGGUCCAGACGCAUAAAAGGACAGCCUGGAGCUCAGAACGCUGCAGAACCACGUUCAGCCUUACUGCUCACCACCGCCUCUCGCAUCGCCCUGUUUACCUUUCCUGACUUCCCUGUCCUAGCUCCCGUUCCUCGACCCUCUUCCUCCUGACUCUCCUCGUCCUCCUCGUUUCCUUCAACCCAUUGUCUGAUCUUCAAUUCAAGGUUUUCGGGUUCUCCUCAUAAUGAGGUCUGCUCCUCGGUGACCCUCGCUUGUUUCCUGACUACGACCUGCGGAUCCUCCCAUCACCUUGUGCGCCUCUACGCUGCACUUGGGUCUGAUGACCCACUUUCUGGACAGAAACAUGACACUCAUGCAAAGCCUGUCCCAGACCUAACUGUCCAAAAGCCAUAUGGGGAGGCCUCAUAUCCUGUUCCUGAAACAUGUUGUGAAACUGCAAAAAUUUGUAACAUACAAAACCACUGGCCUCAGUUGUUUUGUAAGUGGUUACCAGUUUUUAGUAGGAGCAAACUCUAAGUACACCUGCAAAGGUUUUCAAAAAAUAAAAAUGUUUUAAAAAGUUAGACAGAAAAG